UUUAGUAUUAAAAGUGAGAAAUUUGCGUAAAUUUAGUGAAUAUUUUUAUGGAAAAGGUUUUAAAUUACCCAAAACAAUAUAUAUUCUAACAGUUGUAUACGACUAAAGUUCUAUAUUGGCCAAUUUCGACUAAGAAAUACAGUUUAAACGGUCUAUAAAGUUGCACUUCACUGCCAAGGCUCUCCUCUGGGUACAACACCACCAUCAAUCAAAUUGAAUCAACCGACCACAAAAAUAUAAAGAGCUUUCACAAAACAACAAAAAAAAAACCGUGAAGAAGUAUGGAUCAAACACAAAUCAGUGAUACGGAAAAAGUGCGCAUUGUGUCCGAUUUUAUAUUACAUGCACCACCGGGUGAAUUUAAUGAAGUUUUUAAUGAUGUUCGUGAGCUGUUGAAAAAUGAUGCUCUGUUGAAAGAAGGUGCCAGCCACGCCUUUGCCCAAUAUAAUAAAGAUCAAUUGACACCGGUACGCAUAGAGGGCAGUGAACACAAUGCUGUGAUUUCGGAAUUCAAUGAUUUGGGUGGUGGUCGUUUUCAUGAUCCUCGCACUAAACAAUCGUUUAAGUAUGAUCACCUUCGUAAGGAGGCUAGUGAUUAUCAAGAUGCCGAAACUGACGCAUCAGCUGAACCAUGGAGAGCUGCCUUAGAUAUUGAAACAUUAGCCUAUACCGCCAGUCAUUAUAGGCAUGGUGUGUGUUCCGUUUUUGGUAAAACUCAAAGUGGUCAAAUAACAUUAACGAUUUGCAUUGAAGACCAUCAAUUUCAACCUAAAAAUUAUUGGAACGGUAGAUGGCGUUCUCAAUGGCACGUUACAUUUCAAGCCGGUGCAGGCACUGCUGAACUGAAAGGCAAUUUGAAAGUGCAAGUUCAUUACUAUGAGGAUGGCAAUGUACAAUUAGUAUCUUCAAAGGAAUGUCGUGAAGUGGUGGUAGUUACCAAUGAACAGCAAAUGGCAAAAGAGAUAAUUCGCCUUAUAGAGGAGGCUGAAAAUGAAUAUCAAUUGGCCAUUUCGGAAAAUUAUCAAACCAUGUCCGAUACAACCUUCAAAGCCAUGAGACGUCAAUUGCCUAUAACAAGAACUAAAAUUGAUUGGACCAAAAUUGUUUCUUACAGUAUCGGUAAAGAACUGAAAACACAAUAAGGACAACAAAUAGCGGAAGCUGAAUCGCAGCCGCAUUCUAUUUUAUUAACAACAAAAACAACAGCAGCAACAUCAAUUGAUACAAUAACAAAAACAUCGUUUAUUAAGAGGCCGACUAGUCUUCCUCUUGGAAAGUAAAAGUUAAAAUAAAACAACACAACAAACAGCAAGUUAUAAAACCAUCAUUAGGAAAACACAACUACAAACAAACAAAACAAAUUAACUAAAUUAACAACGAUAUUAUCAUUGUUUUAUUGUUCCUCUCUUGUUACAACCAACCAAUCAACCAACCACACAACCAUACAGAUGAAAAACAAAAAGAAUUAAUGAGAAAAGGGAACUUUUUCAUAUAUAUGAUGUUAUAUCGUUUUAAAUGUUCAAACACACAACAAACAAAUACUGUCGCCUUCAUUUUUUUUUAUUUAUUUUAACUUUCUGCCUGUUCUAUUCAACAAUUAACCAACCAACAGCAAGGAAAUUCAACAUUAAAAAAAACACAAACUUUCGGUUCUCCUUUGAUUUUUAUUUGAAUUAUAUUAAUAAUAAUAACGUUAAGUAAUGUAUAAUUAUGAUGAAUGUUUUUAAGAAAAAAAUCAGUAUGAAAGCAUUUUUUAUUAAAAUAUUUUUUUUAUUUUUAUUUCAACUUUAAUAGUAUACAAUUUAUCAAUAUUAUGAUUAGAAAUAUUAAGAUAUAAAUAACUAAAGCAAGUUAAAAUAGUUUUCAUCAUUUUUUUCUAACUAUCUAUAUACAUACAUAUUAUUUUUACUAUUAUUUUUUUUGUAAUUGUGUGCGUACGAGUUCAUCUUACUUUUGUUUUAAUGAAAAAAAAAAUGUUAAAAACUAAAGAAUACUAAAAACAAAAAAAAAACACAAGUUUUUAAAACUUAAAAACCUCCCCUCUUAAAAAAUAAAAAAACACAAGAAAACUCCCUCCUCUUCCUCUUGUCGUAAAAACCUUCUCUUGUCGAACGAAAAGAAAAAAUUAUCUUAAAGAAAUUUAAAUUAAUUAAACAUGCAAAUAAAAAAUUAACAAUUUGAAAAUAAUUAUAAAUAAAGAAAAACGUUUACAAUAAUAAACGCAAAAUAAUGUUAUAAAAAAAACUAUAACAA